GCAAUCAACAUCCAUCUUCAUCGAUCAUCCUUUAUACCCAGUUUCGAGUACAAAUGUCAAUUUCCAUCCUACAUAUAGUACACUGGAACGACGUGUACCGAGUCGCGCCUCAAAAAGUGUCUCCCAAGUCAAAGAAGACGAUUGAUGUUACUCAGUUCGCCGCGAUGCUAGAUGGUAUAAGAGAUCAGUGGCCUAGAUUGAAGGAUGGAACAAAGGAUGGACUAUCUCUAUUUUCUGGAGACGUGUUUUCUCCUUCAGUCGAAAGUUCUGUAACCCGAGGGAGUCACAUGGUCCCAGUCAUGAACGAACUUGCCCCAGACGUAUCUCUUACGGGAAACCAUGAUUUUGAUUUUGGAUACCCUCAUCUUUCCAAGCUUAUCAAGGACACCACCUUUCCAUGGAUACUGAGCAACAUCAUUGACACUACAACGUCUCAGGUACCUGACCUCUUACACGAGUUCCAAGUAUUCGAGCGGUCCGGAACUCGUAUUGGUGUCAUCGGAUUGGUGGAAAAAGAAUGGAUUGGCACCGUCUCCACGUGGCCUCCUCACUUUAAGUACAGAGAUAUGAAGGAAGUUGGCAUCUCCCUUUCGCAGCGUCUCCGUGAUCCGAAUGGCGAGUAUAAGUGCGACAUUAUCAUCGCGCUUACCCAUUCUCGCAUUCCAAAUGAUAUCACUCUAGCAAAAAAUCUUCUCGCGUUGUCUCCUUCGACGCAGAAAAACCAGCCCAUCCAUUCUAGCCACGGCGUUGAUUUACUGUUAGGCGGACACGAUCACUUAUAUUACGCAAGUAAAGGAUGCGAAUGGCAAGGAUACGAUACGAACGAGCAUGUUCUGGGUGCCGACGAUGAUCACGGUGAUGUGCUCGUCGUGAAGAGCGGUACUGACUUUCGAGAUUUGAGUGAGAUUGAUCUGGAGCUUGAAUCUACUCCUGACGGAAGUGUCAGGAGAAAAGUUAUAAAGCGAGCUUUUGGUAAACGGCAUUCGACGCAACCGGGUUCGAAGUCGUCGGAGAAGCUUAGCAAACUCCUUGAGAAGCUGCUAUCCUCAGUGUCGUCGAGUCUCAAGGCUCCUGUUUGCGUUAGCAACGUACCUAUAGAUGUUCGCUCGCAGUUCAUUCGUACUGCCGAGUCUGCCGCUGGAAAUUGGUUUGCAGAUGUCAUUCGCCAUGCUUAUGAUGACACCUUGUGUAUGAAAGGUUGUGGUGGUGCCGAUGCAGUGUUCAUUUGCGCUGGCACACUACGCGGGGAUUCUAUAUAUGGACCCGAUUCUAUCAGUUUGGGAGAUAUCCUUGAAAUUCUGCCCUUUGAAGAUCCGGUCGUUGUCCUUGAGCUUGAUGGCAAGGCUAUCUGGGACGCUCUGGAAGCAUCAUUGGAAACCUGGCCAGCACAAGAAGGGCGCUUCCCCAUUGUUUCUGGUAUGCGUGUCUCCUGGGAUUCACGCCGGGAACCUGGUAAACGUGUUUUGGGCAUCUGGCUCUCGAAAGAAGUAGAAGACAGCAUCCACAAUGGCUCUAGUGGUCGUUCUACGCCUAGGCUUGUUGAUGCUCAUCCCAUAGAGCGCAUUGAAGGCGGAAGGAAGUAUAGCAUCGUGACAAGAGAGUACAUGGCGCAGGGACACGAUGGUUUCUUGCCGCUCAAGAGAAACAAAUACCUUGUCGAUGACGAAGUGGGUCAAAUGAUGAGUACCCUGGUUCGCAAAUAUCUUCUAGGAUCUCACUUUGUCAAUAAAAUGGUUCGAUUAGUGCAUCAAUCUGGCCAUCAAAAAUUGCAUCGGGGAACGAAAGAUGCAGUUUCCCGCGAGAUCGCCAGUCGGCAGCGCAAACAUCAUGAUUCUAAAGUGGUGUUGCAGUGGAAGAACGCAGCGCAUCUUGCGUUGAGAAGUGCACGCUCCAAAACUCAUUAUCAGGAUCACUUUAAAAUUUGUGUGACUGAGCAUAUGAGCUCGGUAGAUUUGUAUGACGGCAAGAAUGCUAGGAGGGGGAACAACAUCCAAGAGAAGGUGAAGGAAGGCGAUGAUGAUCUGUUGGUCAUUGGCCCUGUGGUAGACGGGAGGUUGAAAGACGUAGGGAGAGUGUAGAGUGCCAUGAAACGGACGGACUUGGCGUCGAGCAUAUAUUUGCCAGGGGAUAUUCAUUUUACAGAGGUUCCAGAGAGACAAGUUGACAGAAAUACACACCGAGGUAAGGGAUACAGUACAAUUAAUAGGUCUUGUUGAGCAUUAGAACCAUGCCAAAGACUGCUCAGGAUGUGCUCAUGUGU